CGCCGACCGACGUGGGAGCCGCCGUCUCGGUCUCCACGUUUCGUCGGAUUUCACUGCAUUACACUGCAAUUUUGAGAAAAUGUUUCGAUUACGUAGACGAAAAAAAUAAAAAUAAAAAUAAAAAAAAAAACCGAACGCAUUGCGCUAUUUCUCUCGCUUCGCGCGCGCUCUAUCACUCUAGCAUUCGUGUCGCUUUUUGGCGGCUUUUCCUCUUUGGUUUCGAACAUUCGCUCGAAUUUCGCUGACACAUACCCUUCCCCGAGGGCCAAGCGUCAGAUCCUCUCUCUCUCUCUCUCUCUCUCUCUCUCAGACACUAGAUCUUGAAAUCGCUCGUUGUCCCUGUUUUCGGAGGAUCGGACUGUUUUAGCUCUUCGAGCUGGCUCUCCCGAUGAAUGAGGAAUUUUUAAGGGACCAACCCAUUGCUGCAUGCUUGCCCAACCUUAAAAGCAUAUCUGGCGGAAAUGGGAAAGCAUACUGGCCAGGAAUGCAACAGGAGGCACAUUUGCUUGAGAAUUUUGUGAACAUGAAGUGCCAAAGGGUGAAGGUAGAUGAAUCUUUUGUUCCUGCUUUAGAAGACGAUGCACUUGAACUUGAGCAUUUGCUAGCAGAACCUAAAAAUGAUCUCGUUUCAGUGGAUGGUGUUUUGUGUUUUAGUAAGGAGAAUCCAGAAACAUGCUUGGGUAUUGAAGACAUUCCCUGUAUGUUUGCAUAUGACUCGAAUGCUAGUAGUGGUGGUCUGGAUUCUAAUAUUACUCGAGAAAAGGAAAAUGAAUUGAGACUCAAAAUUUCUGGUCAAAUGCUGGAUGAAGUUGGUGAAUUGGGAGAUCUUCAUGCGACAAAUGGUCUCUCUAAUGCAUGUGAAGAUUAUCUUUUGGACAUUGACAUGGUUGAAAAAGGCUCCAGAUUGGAUAAUGGUCCGAGCAUAGAGAACUCAUGUUCAGAAAGUCAUUCUCCAGGGUUUAGUGGAAAUGAUGUUGAUCCUGUUGGGAUGUCGGACUCGCCAAGAGCAACUAAUCCAGUGCCUGAAUGCCAGAGCUAUAUACUUGACACGAGGACCACAUUUGAACUACAUGACUCCUGUGGGGGUGAAUGUGGAUGUGAUGGGCCAGAUGACAAGUUGGACAGUAAUUCAAGCCUGUUGGAGGGUAGUGUAUCUUCUAGUAAGGACAAGAUUUGUGCUCGUGGUCCUAUCCCUGAGAUUACAUACUAUACCUCCUCAAAUGAGGGAGUUUCUAAGUAUAAUCCAGGUUUAGUUGAAGAAGGCCUAUGUGGGCAGGAUGCUUCAAAAAAGAGUCUUGUUGAAGCAAGUGAAAUUGGUGAAUUUCUUACACGCAAGAGGUUGCGAAAACCUACUCGGAGAUACAUUGAAGAAUUUUCAAAUCUGAAGUCAAGAUAUCUGAAGGGAAAACGAAAAAUUGCUACUACCACUUCUAAGAAUAAACCUCUGGGUGUUAGAUCUCUCAAUGAGCAUCAAGUGGGAUUGAGAGCAUUGACGUCAGUUCCUGGGAAAGCUUCUACUGGUGGAAGUCACUAUCAGGCAUCAUUUGGACUUUGUGAACAGAAAGGACAUCCAAAGAAAAACACAUCCAUUUUGGAGCUUGACUCCGAUGACAAUCUUAGUCAAACUGAAUCUGAAGAUGAAUGCAUGAUGAGAACAAGAUCUGCAAAAGGUGUUGAUCGGAGGAAGAAUCAAAAGCUAUGGACUCUUUCUGAGGUGAUGAUGCUGGUUGAUGGUGUUUAUCAAUAUGGAGUUGGAAGAUGGACAGAUAUUAAAAGGCUCUCGUUUUCAUCAUCUGCUUAUCGGACACCCAUAGAUCUCAGAGACAAAUGGCGGAAUCUUCUAAGAUCUAGCCAUGCACACCUACAGGGCAGGAGAGAGGUUGAGCAGAACCGGAAGCACGCUUUACGUCCCUUACCGAAAUCUUUGCUAAACCGUGUUCGUGAACUAGCCAUUAUGCAUCCAUAUCCAAGGGAGUGCAAGUCUAGGAUUUCACAUCUAGGGCAUGUCACUCCUGUUCUUGCCAGAAGUGAAUGUGAUGCAUUCAGCCCCCGUGGAAGAAUUGUACCUAGGAAGAACCGUGCAUGAACCUUCUUUUUUAGCUGCAGCCUCGUCGAAGAACAUUUUGCCCCAGAUCUUUUUCGUUUCCUAUGUUCUAGUGCCUCAUCUGUGUUAAAAAUUUUGGCCACAGAAUGUUUUCCAAAUGUUUGAAAACCGGAUCUAAAUCCAGAAUGGUGUUCUAGUGUAUAUGCUGUGAAAUAAUCACACUUAUUUUGAGCCAUUUUGUUGCAAUAAAUGGUUAGAAAAUUGAUUCAA